CCAUCAGACAUCGAGCUAGGGGACCCAUUAAAGAGCCGUUUAAACGUAGAAACCGACAUUAGCCUAAUGCGAAAGAUCGUUGUCAGUUCAUUCUAUUAUUAGAUUAUUGCUUCAAUGAACCGAAAACGGUGGUUAACUAUAGAAUCGGUGUUUCAAAAGAUGUGUGUUACGGCAGGCCUAUUGUUUCUCACCAAAGACAGUAGGCUACUGUUACGAUCAGCAAGAGGUUGCUUGGGCGCAUCAUCCAUUCUCCUGUCAACGCGCAAAGCUUCUGCACAGACAAGUCAAACUGACAACUGGACCAGUAACGUGACUGUUCAUUCAGCUUCACACAUCAGUAUUACUUGCCAUGCUGGGUUGUGAUGUCACAGCCUGGACCAGUGCAACAGGAUCGGGGGCAUUUCUAUCUUACUUAAAUCCACCUGCCACUCGGGAACUGGGAGUUUGAAGGAGAGCGGUUGAUAUCAGCAUGGGAGCGUUCUACUCCGCUGAGAAGAUGGCAGGUGUCUUUUCAUAUGAGAGUUCAGAUCUGGAUUGGUGUGAAGAUAACUACAAACAUUCCGAACACAUUGUCGAAUACUUUAACACGACGAGCAGUUUCAUUUUCUUCAUCAUAUCUCCGAUCAUGCUGUACCUCCUGCACCCCUACGCCAAGGAGAGGAACCUGGCCAUCCAUCUGGUCUGGACCAUGAUGAUCUUUGUGGGCCUGUUCUCCAUGUACUUCCACAUGACCCUGAGUUUCAUGGGUCAGAUGCUGGAUGAGCUAUCGAUCCUGUGGGUGCUGGCCCUGGGCUAUGCCCUCUGGUUCCCAAGGCAACAUUUCCCCUCCUUUGUGAAGGACAGGGCCAGCUUCUCCAAGAUGAUCCUGGCGAUCACCGUGGUGACCACGCUGUCGUGCUUUGUGAAGCCCACCGCCAAUGCCUACGCCCUCAACUGCUUCGCCGUUCACGUCCUCUUCUGUCUGGGCGUGGAGAUGAGAAGCUGUGCAGACCCCAAGGUCCUCCAGCUGGCUCGCUCCUCCGUGGGGCUGUGGGUGCUGGCCAUCUCCUGCUGGAUAAGUGACCGCUUCGGAUGCAGUUUCUGGCAGAAGCUUGACUUCUGCUACCUGCAUGGGAUCUGGCACAUACUGAUUGUGGUGGCUGUGGCCUAUGCCAGCACUCUGGUGGCCUACCUGGAUGCCACCUACGAGAUUCCCUACUCUCUGCCAGGACUCCAGUACUGGCCUUGCAACAAAUGGGCAGUGGGCUUGCCUUACAUCGUCCUGAGAGGUAGUGCCAAGACACACAAACGCUGCUAGAGAUCCUCCACGGCACAGACCUCAUCCUCUCCAAGACAAGAGACUUGCCGAGGGCUUUGGUGAUGAUUGUGUGAUGCAGUUUCAUGCAUACCGGUUUGAAAAAAACAAAACAAUGUUUGUCUGUUAGUUUGUUAUGUGAUAAAAACACUUGAAUCGAUGCCCGUUCAAAUAAUUGGCAUGUGUGGUAAGAUUUCACUAACUGCAUUCUUUAUGAAAGACAUUAAUGCAAGAAAAGGUGAAAUGUUAAAGUAUAUUUGUAUGAAUUGUAUAUAAAAUAUGCAGUUUUUGCUAUUGUCUUACACUGUGCAUGCACAAAUGCAUAGUCUGUACAUAAUGGUCUUAGUUCCAUGUUGUUAUGUAUGUUUUUGCAUGACAUCAUGUUGGACUGAAGGGAGAGCACAAGCACUGAGAUUAUUUUAUUUUCAGGAUGAGCCUUAGGGCUGAAUCUCAACCAAUCCAAGGGCUUUUAAUAGUUUUUAAACAGUCCACACUGUAUUCAAUCUGGAGAUAGACGGCGACACAUUUACAUUACAUUUAGUCAUUUAGCAGACACUCUUAUCCAGAGCGACUUACAGUAAGUACAGGGACAUUCCCCCCGAAGCAAGUAGGGUGAAGUGCCUUGCCCAAGGACACAACGUCAUUUGGCACCGCUGGGAAUCGAACUGGCAACCUUCAGAUUACUAGCCCGACUCCCUCACCGCUCAGCCAUCUGACUCUCCACAACGUUAUUGGUGAAUCGAAAGUGUUGACGAGCCACUCAGAUUAGUUUGACACAGUAUCUUUGUGUUAAGGUGUGCAAUUCGUUUACAGUGCAUAGAGGAAGUCACCUUUACUUGAAGUUGUUUUAAUAACCUUGUUAACAAAAUAUAUAGUGUUUGUUAUUGGUGCAGGGAUAUUAAUCCUAUUGUUGUUUUUCAGUCUCAGGUCUUUACAUGUGUACUAGGAUGUUAUAUAUUCCACUGGACAUUUGCUGGAGCUCAUUCAUGUAUUUUUGUAUGGAUUAUUGAGUAAAAUGAACUGCUGGACUAAAAUUGUCACUGAACUGAAA